GAUAAAGAGAGACCCGUACCCGCUCCGAACUUUGCCCGCAGAACCCCAAGCUAGCACCUAAUUUCUGCCAUCUUCCACACGCGCGCGCGGGGAUCGGCCUUUGCAAUUGAGCAACAACCCCUCCCCCUCACUCACCCCUCCGUCCCGUCCGUCCACCACAACCACCACCACCUCCACCACACCGUCACGAGCGAAACCUCAGCCUCGACCGCAACCGCAACCACCACCUCUCCGUCACGCAUUCUCACCUUCUCUUCUUUCCACCGACAACAACCCCUCUCGACCUCUCCAUACACCAGCCGCAGCAAUGCCUUCCUCAACAAUAGACGAGUCAAAGUUCGACUCCAUUCCGGACGCCAUUGAGGCAUUCCGCAACGGAGAAUUCCUCGUCGUCCUAGACGACCCCUCCCGCGAAAACGAAGCAGACCUCAUCAUCGCAGCCGAAUCCCUCACCACAGCCCAAAUGGGCUUCAUGAUCCGCCACUCCUCAGGAUACGUCUGCGCGCCCCUCGCCCCCUCCCUUCUCCAAACCCUCAACCUCCCGCCCAUGGUCACCACAAACGAGGACCCCCGCGGCACAGCCUACGCCGUCUCCGUUGACGCCGCCGACCCGCUCGUGACCACGGGUAUCUCCGCCCACGACCGCGCCUUGACCUGCCGCGUCCUCGCCGAUCCGGCCUCGGGACCCAACGACCUCCGGAGACCCGGCCACGUCUUACCCCUGCGCGCGCGCGAGGGCGGUGUGCGCGAGCGGAGGGGCCACACCGAGGCUGCGGUUGACUUUUGCAGGUUGGCGGGGAAGAAGGAGGCUGCGGCCAUUUGCGAGAUUGUCGAUGAUGGUGUCCCCGUCGAGGGCCAGGCUGUGCAUGAGGAUCCCGGUAUGAUGAGGGGCGAGCAGUGCAUCGAGUUUGCGAGGCGGUUCGGGCUCAAGGUGUGCACGAUCGAGGCCCUGGUCAAUUACCUCGAAAAGACGGAGGGUAAGCUGGCCGUGAACGGAUCGUCGUAGUCGGCGGGUCGGUUUGUCGUUUUCGUAGUCGGUUCCGGUCCGGCGGACCCCCGGUGGAAUCGGCUUCGUGAAAGGUUGAGUCACUGCCUACUGGUAGGUUCUAGCAAAUUCCCGUCAGCUGGGGGUUCAGUAAAGGCGCGAAAUGGCACGAAGGACCGAGGAGGA